UAUGCCGCUAUGGACGAUAACACACGACAUACACGUCACCCUGAUAAAUUCUGUUUAAUUAAAUAUUGUAAAUAGACUAACCUCACCCGAUCUUCAUUGAUUCGACACGUUUCGAUAUUCGUAGCUCUACUAAGUGAGCUGUACUGUCUGACGCAACUAGGUAACUAUUGUUGAUGAAAUAUAUCUUGCUACAAUUACAGUAUUAACUUACUAGCAUAGCAAAAGCAACGCUCUCCAUAAGUUACCCUUAGUUUUUAAACAAGCGUAUAAAGAGCAAUAACCAUUACAGAAUUGUUAGACUUCGAUAACUUCAACCAGGCUUUUGUUACGUUUCAAAUACAGGCAUGUAUUUUGUAUGCAUAUAACUUCAAAACUUAAGUUUAGGCCAUAGGCGGACACUUGUUAGCUAGAUUUAUUUUCUACUUGAUUUGAGUCUGCUGGAAAUAUUGAGGCUCUAAUUAAUUAGCGUCUCCUUCGAUCAAUGGAAGCUAUAUUUCUUAUUUGUAUUAUAAAGAGGUCUUCAGUGUUUGUCAUGCCGCUGCAACGCUUCGACAAAUAUGGUUCGCCCGUGAUUGCCUGUUAUUGUUAUGCUUCACAGACUCCACGUACGUGACCGUAAAAAUUGCAUUCGCCUCAAAUUAUCAUGCCACGUAUAAAGAUCUGUCUGGAACCUAAGUAAUUUUCGCCUUUCUAUCAAUAACAAAGUGUUUGCCGUUACUACUUGCAACCUUCUCUCGCUUUUCGAUAAAUUUAUGUAAUUUUCUUCGCCAGAAUUUCAACUCUGCUGCUAAACAAAUUUGCCCAUCCAAAUUUUGAAAUCAUCUUCAUCUCUCAUCGAAUAUAUAAAGCUAAUUUUCGAGUUACUGGAUAAAAAUUUCGUGCAGAAACCUGCCAUUGUGGAUUGGGUUAGAUAUCAAUAUGAAGUCGUUUCUUCCUACCUGCUUCACCCAGUCCAUAGCAUGGCCAAGUUUUUAAUUUCUAGUAAAAUAGUUUAAAGUAUAUCUACCGUAAGGUAUACUUGGCACCAACCUUUCUCGGGCGUUAUCGACAUGGCAUAGCUAUAUAUAGGUAUGUCACAGGUUGAUUACCAUUCAAUGUUUGUACUUGGUGCAUCGAAGCGUUUAUGGAAAACGUAUCUAUUUCGGCGCAAAUGAAGUCGGGCUGUCUCUUCAAUAUUAUUAAAAUACCUAACCUACAAUCAUUUUUAGGUAACUUUGCCUAAGUAAGAAAAUAAUUUUUUAACUGUGCAAAUUAAAUAGAUAUUUUCAAACUUUCUGUUGCUACUAAGUAGCAAUAAGCAUUGUGUUGUUCCAGCGAACGACAACAAUGUUAAUCUGCUCAUUCCUUUAAAAUCUUAAAGCUUUAAAAUCCUUUAAAAAAAUCAUUAAUCCAGUAUCGUAUCAUUUAUGAUUAUCCUAUAUGCGGUUCUAUUAUUAAGUCACCUAUUUUGCCAGAAAAAUUGUUUCGGUUUAUCCAAACGUUAGCGUUACGUUUGAUUAGGGACCAUUCUGCAAUGAAAGCAGCCAAAGCCUAUUACUGUUAUACGUGUACAUGUAUUCUGACUGCUAAAAAUUAUUGAUACUUAGAAGUUAAAGUUAAAACUUUCUUAACUCGUUUCAUAUAUAUAUAUAUAUAUAUAUAUUGACCCGCACUGUAGUCCAUCUGAUAGAAAAUAAAAGAUCUCCGCCCUAAUGACAACAAAAGACAAAUGAGAACGUGUAUAGUUAGAGAUACCAGCUUAAGGGAGACUGUAGACAAAACAUCGAAGAGCAAGCGAUUCUAUAAUAAACACAUUAUCGUGAAGGCACAAGCAGCCCCACUGCUUUCGUUCGUUAAUCUUUGAUUUUUCAAACCUUUCUUCAAGGAUUCAUUGUACAUCUCGUUGGCCUGGCAAUGCUCACAUUACUCGUAUCGGGAUGGAUUGCUUUCCUGUAGAGAACAUUGGACUCUAGGACAGUAAACCCACAACUGCUCUAAUGCAGCGAAGUGAAGACAAAUCUGAUUCGCCCUUGCAAUAUACAACAAUAAAGUCCUUGCGGUAAAGAAAACCAAGAAAAAAAGCCUUAGCUGCUACGCUGUGACCACCUAUCGUUUUACCGUUGUGUUCGUUCUUUAACAAGCUUUUAAUUGAUCAAUAUUGCAGUCGAUAAGAAUCAGAUUUUCCAAAGAACAGCCAAUUUCAACCUAUGUCUUCAUUCUACGACCUGAGAACUAUGAUCGAGUCACUCCUCUAAAACGUAAUGCCUGCUAUAUGGCGCCGACUCCUAACCGUACUCUUCGUGCUCUUCACCUUGUUGUGCAUGAUUCAAAUGUUGACGGAUAUAUUCACCUUGAAGGCUCCCUUUGGCGUCAGACACCUCUCAUCCCUGAAUCAGGUCCACUCGAACAUAGAUAGGCUCCCAUGUGGCAUUCGCAAAGCACGAUCCGGAUCUAUCGAUGCUGUAGGGUACAGGGAAUCGUUCGCUGCACAAGCGCCUCAGCUCCCCUCCGUAAGGCAAAAUCAAACAUCGAUAAUUAGAAAAGAUGUUAACGAUACACUCAGCCCAAGGGAAGCGUUAAAAAUUCAAAAGUCGAAACCAUUUCAACUAGUUACUAGACCGCCUAGACAACUAUUAAAACCUGGGAAGAAGCUUCAACAGAGCACCCAUCAGCUAAGUAACGGUACUAAUGUAGGCUGGCUGCCGAAGUACGAUCGUGAAAAGUUCCCGUUGCUACACGCAUCCCGGACGUGUACGAAAAAUGACAUCUAUGUUGCGGUCGUCGUUACGGCGGGGGAAAAUUUCGAACGACGUCAAGUUAUCCGUAAGACGUGGGGAUCGGAGCUUAAGACAGUUUUCGUACUUGGGAGCAAUGCAACCAAAAAUCCCAGUUUAGAAAAGGAGGCAGCUAAAUACAAGGACAUCGUACAGGCGGGCUUUAGAGAGGGCUAUUACAAUCUUACCUAUAACACUAUUACGGCCCUGCGGUGGAUCAGCAUAUACUGCCCGCAAGCCGAAUACAUAAUUAAAGGUGAUGACGAUACAUGGUUCAACGUGCAGCCACUUAAGACGGAAAUUGCUAUCAUCGGAUAUGAUGCCGGACCAUUAUUUAUGGGAAAAGUCUUGAACUUCAGAACAAAUCGCGAUAGGAAGUCCAAAUGGUUCACCCCUCGGGAGGUUAUCCAGCAAGAUAUUUUGCCCAAAUUCCUUUCCGGAUCUGGUCUCGUAUUUCUGUUGUUCCUAAGCUACGUGUUUACUCGUGAAACUGUUCCGCUUGUGUAUAACGCGCUGCUGAUGGAACCUCUGAUUCUUAACCUUGAGGAUCUCUUCAUAACAGGCUUCAUAGCCGAGCAGCUUGGGAUCCCGCGAGUUCGCCUGCGGGAUUUCAAUAGCCACCGAUUACCACACAAACCUGUAAAUCCAUGUAGUUAUGGCUUCGUUCUGCAAAGUCACGAAUUGACACCAUCCGAAAUGGUAACACUAUGGAAGGAGAUGCGAAAAUCUGACAGAUCAUGUCCAUAGCAUUUUCGUAUCAUGUAGAUUAUUAUUCAUACGUUUCUAUAGUUUUUUUCAACCAUCCGCAGAAGCCGAACAUUAUAGGGCAACUGAAGUUUAUGUCGAAUCGCCUACUCAAUAUGAAACAUUUCACAGUAGAAGAUUAUAUCUUCGCUUUAUAAACAUGGUGACGGGAUGGCUCUUGUGUAGGAAUAAUAAUAAUAAACACAGGCAUACGUACAGUUCCUUUUAACAAAUAUUCUAUCUUGCGUAUUGGUAGUAUUCAGUAAGACAUAGAUACUUAAUUGGAUGUUUGGAGAUAUUUUUUCUGCGAAAUAAACGGAUGUAUUUCGAAGCAAUGUAAGAAGAAGCAAUGUUUAAGAAGCUGCUAUAACAAAAUGGCGUCUAUAUAAAACCUGGAUUACUGUCCAAUAUUAUAUAUAGUAGAAACUCAGUUAUUCUUGACAAAAGCAUAAUUCGUCAUAAUAGCCAUUGAAGCUGAAAAUACAAAGAAAAAAAACAAAUGUCUAUUGCCAGUUUGCAAAAGGUCACUUAACAAAUCUCUACUAGAUAUUACAAUGUACACA